AUGGGGAAUCUACCCAUUCAGUUGCCAAGCAACUUGGUCAAAGGGGGGCCAGCCAAGAAAACUCCAGCCUCAUCAUGUUUGCUUCCUGGAUCACUAUUUCAAGCUCAAUUCAACCUCCACAGUCAGGAAAGCAUGUCAUGCACUGCAGGAGAUGUUUCAAAUCAAAGCAUGCCCAACCACACACGAAGGUUAGUGAAAAAACUGAAGCUACUCAAGAGACAUUACAAAGCCCAUUUCAAAUUUGCUAAUGAGCACAAGGACAUGACUGUUGAGGAUUGGAAGAAUGUGGUAUGGUCUGAUGAGACAAAGAUCAACUUCUUUGGACUGGAUGGUAAGCAGUUCUGUUGGAUUAAGAAUGCUGGCUUCAACAGCAAGCUUGUCAGGCCAACAGUCAAGUUUGGCAGCAGCUCCAUCAUGAUCUGGGGCUGUAUGACAUGGGAAGGGGUGGGAGGUAUGUGCUUGGUGCUGGGUUCAAUGAAUUCAGACCAAUACAUUGAUAUCUUGAAUGACAAGCUUUUGAAAACAAUCUCAGAUUUGCAGCUUCAGCAUGCAUACACUGACAUCAUGUUUCAGCAAGACAAUGACCUGAAACACAUGUCAAAGAAGACAAUAACGUGGUUGGAAAGCAAUAGCAUUAAGGUUAUGCAAUGGCUGGCACAGUUGCCAGACUUAAACCCAAUUGAACACCUCUGGCACCAUCCCAAAAUGCAACUUUCACAGUAUAGUAUGAUUGCAAAGUCCAGGGAUGAACUGCUCAAGAGAUGUGAAGCUGAAUGGACAGAGAUCACUCCAGAGACAUGUAGGAUGCUAAUAGAGAGCAUGCCAGACCACAUCAAGGUGGUUCUGAAGGCCAAAGGAGGGAAUACAAAGUACUAA